AUGGCUGAUACCGAAAAGGCGCCGCAGUCGCAACCACAACAGCAGCAAGACCAGCAAGAGCAAACAUCUCAACCGCAACCGGCUAAAGCCGCUAAACAAAAGCAGGUCAUUGCUGAGAAGGUUUCGGGCACUGUAAAAUGGUUUAACGUCAAGAGUGGAUAUGGUUUCAUCAAUAGGAACGACACCAAGGAGGAUGUGUUCGUGCAUCAAACAGCGAUCGCUCGGAACAACCCGCGCAAGGCUGUGCGCUCGGUGGGCGACGGUGAGGCGGUGGAGUUUGCCGUGGUCGCCGGGGAGAAAGGCUACGAAGCCUCUGGAGUUACCGGACCCGGCGGCGAGCCGGUAAAGGGCUCGCCUUAUGCAGCUGACAAACGCCGCGGCUUCCCGCGCCAAUACUACCCCCGUCAAGGCGGCGGACGCGGCGGUGAGGGCGCUCCACGUAGGGGAGGCAUGGGACGUCGCGGGCCCUUAGCCAUCCAGGGGGGCGCGCAGGGGGAUGAAGGGCAAGAAGGGGGGGCACCACCACAGCGAAGCUACUUCCGGCGCAACUUCCGCGGUGGGCGACGUGGUGGUGGCCCAGGGCCUAUGAACCGCGGUGGCUUCAGGCGUGCAAGAGCACGCGGUGGUUUCCAGCAGGCGGCCCGUGGGGAUGAGGCGUCUCCAGCAGCUGACCAGGCCAAGCCCAAGCCCAAGGCCACGGUCGAAGCCGCCACCACCAACGAGAGCCAAGCUUGA